CCUCGGCAAUGGUCAUAAGGUUGCACCCAAGGGUCGCUUGCUGAUAACGGGUCGAGGCCGAACAUGAGGGGUCGGGAGGGGUUAUCACCCAUCCAAGGCAUGACUAGGUCGAGUCUCAUCCGGACAUCCUGAUGUUCGUCCUGGAGCCACUUUCUCAGAUCCCUAGAGUUGGAAGCGCUAACAUCAGUAUGGCCGCCCUCAAUGACGAGAAAACCUUGAAUGAGCUACGGCCCAAGGCCCUUUUCCAACCACUUCAUAACAGUAUACCCCCGGAGUUGCUACCUCGCUUCGACCCGGUCUACGUGGAACACUACAACAAGUAAAAUGCUGGCAGGCUGCAUACGCACGAGGUCCCCAUUGAGGAAUUCCGCAAGAACCCAGCCAAGUACGCCAUCAGCUACGGACGUGCUCAGGGCCCCGAUGUCUACCGUAUCACGGAGCAGAAAUGCCCCGUGCAGGGAGGAGAGAUCACAGCUGGGUGUUCGGUGAUCUUUCAACGGACCACGACUUCUGUAAGAGAGUCGUCGAUGGUCUGGACGGCCACCUGGUCGCGUUCGAUGUCGACUACCGAUUAGCACCUGAGCAUAAGUAUCCAAUCCCCGUCGACGAUUGUUGGUCAGCCUUCAACUGGAUCCGCUCCCUAAAAGCAGAGGAGUUCAAUUUUGACCCGGAUCGAAUGGCUAUCGGAGGAGUUUCGGCGGGAGGUCACCUGUCAGCCGUGGUCGCGCAUCUCUGUCGUAAUGCCAGCAUCCCGUUGCGCCUACAGGUGCUGAAUGUGCCCGUGUGCGAUUUACUUAGCGGCUUCACCACGGAUGGCGAAUUCGAUCGGGAAAACUGUCCCUAUGAGUCUUAUCAAGAGAUGGAGUUCACGGCAGCGCUUCCCUUGGGUCGGAUGGCCUACUUCCACAAGCAUUUCCUGGGGGUUCCCCGGCCAGUAAGUUCAGAGGAGGACUGGAAGAUUUCUCCUAUGAUCGCCCCCGACUUUUCUGGGCUGGCACCAGCAUUGGUGUUCACCGCUGAAAUGGAUCCUCUGCGGGACGAAGGCGAGGUUUACGCUGCCAAAUUGAAAGCCGCCGGCUGUCAAGUGGAGUUGAUGCGUAUGGCCGAAGCACCCCACACAUUUUCCAUGUUGGACGGUAUCUUGGAGAGCGGACGUGUAUACAAUGAGAAAGUUAUUGAGACGAUGAGGAAGGAGCUGGUGGUCUAGAUGCUAGGAGAAUCGGCCAAAAGGAUGUGGAUGGAAGGGACGGAGCAGUAUGGACUAUGGAGAAACAAUCAAUGCAUUGACAUCCCGUUGGAGAUGCGGAGAGGCAGACAGGAUCAUGGUUUAUCCGGCGAUAAUCUUUACCGUACCGUACCCGGCGCCUGUCCCUGGAUGCUGGGAUGGCGGUCAAGGACGGGUAACCGGCGUC